AUGACAAAAACUGACUUAGGUAAUUUGGAAUCUAACAGUACCAGCGAUAGUGGCAGAGGCCCUGCACUAAUAACAGCCUAUAACGAGGUAGGCGGGGCGCAAGGAACGACGAUGACGGAGGAAUGCAUAGCAACCACGGACAUCAGCAGACCUGCGGCGGAACCCCCUGAGACUCUAAUUAAAGUCUAUCAGAUAAAUGCGGCAAGGUCAAAAAUUGUCAUGCAUCAAAUUGAUAAGCUAUUAGAAUGGAAAGCUGCGGAUAUAUGCCAGAUACAGGAACUAGCGACCGAUGGCCGAGGCGUUUAA